AUAACGAUUAACGACAGUUAACGUUCUCAUAUCCCUGUGACCAACGAAACCCAACACAUUGGACUUUCCAAUUCAAUUCCAAUGGCUUUGAAAACUUGCUUCACUCUUCUCCACCAUUCACAACACUCUUCUUCCAGAACCUUCUUCUCAUUCCCCUCUUUCAAUUCUGCUUCCUGCAUUCUUCACAAUGAACCUCACAACAACCACAUCCUGCAUUUCCCAACAUUUUUUACUAAGAGGAAGCUCAAUCUUGCUCUUCUUCUCACAACUUUUCUUUCGAGCAAUUUAUCAAACACUAGUGGUGCAUUGUUGAUGGCUCAAGAGUUGGACUUGGAGCUUCAGAGAUACACUGAUUCCAAGGAAGGUUUCACUCUUCUUAUACCCUCUUCUUGGACUAAGGUUGAUAAAGCUGGGGCAACUGCUUUGUUUCAAGAUGCAAGUAUGGGGAGCAACAACAUUGGGGUUGUUGUGAACCCAGUUCGUCUUGAAAAUCUUGGAGACUUCGGGAGCCCCGAGUUUGUUGCUGAUAAGCUUUUACAAGCAGAAAGGCGUAAGGAAAGUACAAAGGAAGCUAAAUUAAUUGCAGCUUCAGAAAGAUCAGGAAAUGGAGAUUUGCAAAUUUAUGAAUUUGAAUACACCAUUGAUAGUACUCGUGGAGGAAAGAAGAGGAUAUUUUCUGCAGCAUUUGUGACCUCAAAGAAACUCUAUCUUCUUAACAUUGUUCAUUCUGAUAAACCAGAGAGUCCUCUUGAACCAUAUAAAAGAAUGAUUUUAGAGCAAGUUCUCCAUUCCUUUAAUGCAGCAGCUUAAAACUUUGAAAUGAAAAUCUCAUUUCUUCUCUGAUUAUUCUCCCUCUAUUGAGUUUUGGUUCUUAAAAUAUGGCAAC